AUGGCGGUGCGCCGCUCUGCGCGAUUGCGCAGUGUUAGCGCCCAGCCCUCUCCCGCUCCCGAGUCUCACGAUGCGGCAAAUGGACGUCAAGUCCAGCAGCAAUUGGCCACCGUUGAAGAACGCGCUGAGAUUCAGGAAGUCGAUCACGCUGCAGUCAAUACUCCGGUGACUAAACGAUCACACCAAAGAACGCCAAAUGCGCAUUCGCACAGCAAGAAGGUGGAAACCAGAACUCCGACUUCAGUCCCCGCCGCUCGGCCAUCCCUCGAGGAGAUGCACCCUAGCAAAGCACAGAAAAGCACUACAAAACGUGUCGACACUGGGAUGAUCCUCGGAUUCAAUCCUGUUCAGAAAGACGCCGAUGGGAAGAUUAUCAGGAACACCGCCAUCCAGAAUACCCCCUCGAAAUUAACGGCUUCACCCGCACCCACCUUGUUCGGUACUCCCGGCUAUGAAUUCAAACGCGGAGAAGAAUCUCAGCUCAGCGAGGAGGCCAAGCAGCUGAUGGACAGUGUUCGUGAAGAGGUUGCCCGAAUCAAAGGACAGAUGAUCCAGGACAAGACCCAUCAGGCACGUCGAGAGCAUGAAUCGGAUACCAUGCAUGGCCAGAGAAAGAUCGCGAAGCCCAAAAGCAAGACGAGUCGUUUCAGCGACGUUCACAUGGCGGAGUUCAAAAAGAUGGACUCCAUCGCAGCACAUCCUUCCGCAUUCCGAACCGCGCAAGGUCGCUUCCAGCCUGUGACAAAGUCCCUCAAACGUACCAAAUCAAAGGCAGAGCUCAACGAAAACGGCCUGGAGGACGGGUCUCCUUCCAAAGCCCCAGCCACGGCCCCGAGUGAAGACAUCUCCAACGUUACAACUCCUAUCGCCAAGCGAGCCAAACCGAAUCCAUCAUCUUCGGAGGCUCGCCAUCAGCCAGAAGACAAAGGCACACCAACGCCAAAACCUGCUGGCCCACGCCCUCGACCUCGAAUGACGAGCUCAAUCAUGACUCCAACCCGAGCUUCAAUGGCGCGUGCUGGACCUAUCAGUCUCAAAGCCCCAAAAACAUCCUUGAUCCCUUCCUUGGCACGAUCGCCAUCGACCAAAGGUCUUGCCUCCCCUCGCACCCCACGCACAGAGUUCAACCCACGAUUCAAGAGUAGCCUUCCGACCCUGAAUAACCUGAAGUCAAUUCUUCGCAAGCGUCAGCCAUUGUUCUCCCGUGAUCCCGCAAAGAUUGCCGCCGGAACGCAUGUAGCUGCGCCCGAUUUCAAAUCGGACCUGCUCCUCGGCAUCAAGAAGGAAGAGGCGCACACUGUUCCCUCGCCAUCUCCAAAGAAGCAUGUUGAGUUCACACCAAGCGUCAAAUCGCGCCAUGUGUUGAUUCAUGAAUCGCCAUUACGGUCCAAGACUUCUACCACUCCGGCUCGUCUGAAUCCUUCGGAUAUCAGCUACCCCUCUCUGCCCGCUCUCACGCCUGAACAGAUUGCUGCGGUGCAGGAAGAGGCAGAAUCAGACGUCGUACUGUCACCUACUGUUCGCCACGUGCGCAAGUCGGUUGUGGCGGAGGAUGAAUCCCGAUAUCCCGAGCUCCCGGUCGUCGCCCAUGGAAUUGCGCACGGCCUUGCUAAUAAGAAGAGACAUCGGGAUGACGUGGACGAGGAUGGUGUGCCGACUAUGGAAAACUCCGAGAACGUGCCUCCGUUCGAUUUGGCAACUGGCAGUCGUAGUGCAAAGAGGCUCAAGAAGUCAGCGCCUGUUGUCUCGACCCCGACCAAGUCACGAGUGGUCAAAACACCUUCUCGAGUCUCAAGUGUACGUGCAGGAUCUCCGCGGAGUGUGUCUGCCAGUGCUAAGCAGAAGUCGCGCGGGUCACUCAGUCUCAGCCGCCUGAAUAUGUUGGCCAAGCCCAAGGCUAGACCAUGA